GUGAACAAGGAAGUGGAUAUUUUACAGGAAGCCAGUGUAAGCUGCCUUUUGUUUUGUUUUGUCUUUGUUUUCUGUAUCGAGUUGGUGGCCAUUUUCAUCUAAAUAGUUUGCUAGAUUAGUAAAUAGUUUGUCGUCCUUCUGAUUUGUUUCCAUUGAGUUUAUUUCUUUAAAGACAUUUGGCGUUAGCUGUGAACGAGCUUCUCGCGCUAACAACAGAGCUAACAGGCCCGGAGGCCAUCAGUCUAUUGUCUGCCGUGAGUCCAGAUACGUGACCCUGUUUGUACCGAGCAGCUGGUUUACAGGUCAGCCGUCGUUUAGGAAACAUUAGGAACAACAGUGAGCAAAGCGCCCGGGCCGCUGUCACCCGUCAAUCCGCCAGGCGACGUUAGCUGUACCGGCUAGCUUCUGUGGGCCGGCCAAUAACGUCACUGAACAUUAAGGGAACCGACACCCAAACAAUCGACGGGGAGCCUGAAUGACCAUGUAUGCCCCGCCGGGAUCCGCUGUCCCUGGAGGUCGGAGGAGGAGAGGAGGCACCUCCCUGCCCAAGCAGCCGGAGCGGAGCCUGGUGUCAGCUCUGCCCGGAGCUCUGUCCAUCACGGCGCUGUGCACGGCUCUGGCAGAACCGGCCUGGCUCCGGGUCCAUGGAGGCACCUGUCCGAGGCAAGAGCUGGGGGUGGCAGACGUCCUGGGGUACAUUGACCCCAAGCUUCUGGACGAUUACUGUGUGAAUCCACAGACCAUCUUGCUGAUGAGGGUGAUCGCUGCCUUCUGUUUCCUGGGCAUCCUGUGCAGUCUGAUUGCUUUCCUCUUGGAUGUGUUUGGACCCAAACACCCUGCCCUAAAAAUCACACGCAGAUAUGCAUUUGCACAUAUUCUCACAGUGUUGCAGUGUGCCACCGUCAUAGGCUUCUGCUACUGGGCCUCGGAGCUCAUCUUGUCACUUCAGCAGCAACACAAAAAGUACCACGGCUCUCUCAUAUACGUCACUUUUGCCAUCAGUUUUUACCUGGUGGCAGGGGCAGGCGGAGCCUCUAUCCUCGCCACAGCUGCGAACCUGCUGCGCCAUUACCCCACCGAGGAGGAGGAGCAGGCUUUAGUGCUGCUCUCGGAGAUGGAGGACAGCAGUGAAACUUUUCCUGCUGACUAUGACAUUGCCAAUCAGUUCCAGCCACCACCUGCCUACACGCCCUAAAGCCGCCAGACUGGCCUUGUUCACCCUCGCUUCUUUCUCAGCACGGCUAUUGGCUUGAUGAGCAAACCCCACUCUAUUGAAUGGAUAUCUUCGCAAAUACUCUCCAUUAUGAACACAGCGUGCACAGGUAGUGCACAAACUCCUUGACUGACAGUGCUUGGGUGCAUGAAGGCUUUCUUUUGUGGUGGAAGACGUUUAGGAGAUAAUUCUUACUUUCACCACUGAAGUUGUUAGUGAUUUGCUUGUAAAUGGCUCUUAGGAAUUGGUUCUUACAUGUAAAGCAAAUGAAACUGCGAGGAGUGCUCAACAUGGCUCAUCAUAAGUAAUUGAUGAAACAGCUGCAGCCUGAUCAGUGCCAAUUGCAGUAUUGAGGCUGGGCUGUCAGCAGAUCGUCAGCCGUUGUUUCUGAAGCAUCAUUUUGUUAAAUUUUUUGCCGUGUGUAUGAUUUUAUUUUUCUGAUGCAUCAAAAAUGCAGACAUACACUAAGAAGAUUGUUUUGGACAUUUCUUUCAUAUAAAUUAUCAAAUGGACCUAACUAUUUAUUAUUUAGCCGUCUGUGCAGACUUUCUUUCUUUGGCUUGGCAGACACCUGCCACUGGUUUAGUCUUAGUUAAUCACAUUCUUACUUGAAAUAAGAAGAAAAUUGUAAAAAUGUGACCUGUCUUUGUGGUGUUUUAAAAAGGAUCAUGGCAUGUGUUGUGUGUGUUGGAGAGCUAGCAGCCACGGAGAAAUUCAGAAACAUGUCUUAUGGUUCACAAUAAGAGACAUUUAGUAACAGGAACUUCAAUGCAUAAGUUGGUCAUGUUUCUUGUAUUUGAUUUUUAAAAAGAAACCUUAUUUGUACUUUGUGAUGACCAUACGUAACCGUUUUAGUAUGUGUUUGUUUUAUGCAUGAGUUCUUUCGUGUGCAAAUUUUAAACCUUCGGGCAGAAUCGUAUGAAAACAUCUCGCAUAAGGUGCCAGCUGAGGCUUAAAAUUGUGAUUGAUCUGGUGAAUCUGGUUGGUUGUAUAUUGUUCUGUUUACUCAAUUUCUGCAUUUUUUCCCUCAAAUUGUCAUCAUAUACUUUCAUCACCAGUAUGUAAAUAUUGAUUGUUUCUACAUAAAAAAAGUGGUCAUAAUAAAGAUUA